GGGAAACAUUAACGUGUCGGUUGUGGCUGCGGUUUAGACUCAUUGGCAUAAGAGGGAGUUUUCUUAUCAGCGCUUAUCGCUUCGGAAUGAAGAUGUGACUCCGUGCAGUAAAGAUGACUAGCGCAGAGGAUGCUGUGCAUGGCUAAUUUGUGAGCAGCAUGGACGAGGCUGCCAGCCAGCUGGAGAGAGACCAUGUUCACAGCGUGUACGAGAGGAUCGCGCCGUUCUUUAAUGACAGCCGCUACAAGGCUUGGCCAAGAGUCAAGCAGUUCCUGUUGGAGCAGGAGCCAGGCAGCAUCGUCGCUGAUGUCGGAUGUGGCAAUGGGAAAUAUCUGCACAUUAACGAAAGCAUCUUUAAGAUGGGCUGUGACGUGUGCCGGCCCUUGGUGGAUUCGGCCUGGAGUCGCGGUCAUGAGGUUCAGCUGUGCGACGGCCUGCGUUUACCCUACAGAGACGGCUGCUUUGAUGCCGUGCUCUCCAUCGCAGUCAUCCACCACAUGUCGACCAAAGAGCGUCGCGUCCGGGCACUAAAAGAAAUAUCGCGUACGUUAAGAGUAGGAGGGCGAGUCAUGAUCUACGUGUGGGCCAUGGAACAGAAAAGACGCAAGUUCGAGAAGCAGGACAUCUUUGUGCCGUGGAACCCCAACCCUCCUUUAUCCUCUACCUCGAGAGGACGUCUCAGACCCAGGCUGCGAGGCAGCGGAACCCAGAGCAUUAGCGAAGCCACAGAGUCUGACGAAAUGCACAGGAACACAAAAAGCACAUCGUCAAUGGUGGAUGAAGAAGAUCCAGGGAGCCCAGCGCAGCAGAGGAAGCAGAAGCUCUGGUUUUUCUCCAGGUCUCUGGACUCUGUGCUGGAUUUAAGCAGCCUCAGCGUGUCUCGCUCAUCCUCUAGAGAGCUCAGCGUUUUCUGCAGCCCCACUGACGAACCUGAGGCGAGAACCCAAGCGAGAAGCACAAGAGGGCGAGCUCUGAUCAGACAAGUGUCUAGCUUCUUCACAAACCCAUCCUCUAGGAACAGCCUAGAAGAGGACGUCUUUGUCUCUGAGCCGCACGAGCAGAUGCAGAAAGCCGAGUGUAGUGGCGUCAACGGGACGGUUUCGGUCGCGCUGGUGCAGGACUGCUCAUCAGUACCGUUACCGGAUCUGGUGUCUCGACAGAGGGAGCGCUCGGGGAGCGAACAUCUCGGAGAGGACGAUGCAGGAGAUAUCGGACAGGAAAGCGCGGUGUCCCUGACGCAGCAUGAGGAGUGGAGUAAAGACCAGCUGAACGAGUCAUGUCUGCGCUAUUACCAUGUCUUCAGAGAGGGAGAACUGACGCAGCUGAUCGAGGAACAUGUCGAGGAACUUCAUAUCCUGCAGACCUACUUGGAUCAUGCCAACUGGUGUGUGGUGGCUGAGAAGGUCCAUGUGUGGAGGGUUUGAGUUUGUUUGUUUGUUUAUUUAUCUAAAUAUUUAUUUUUUUA